AUGAAAGAUCUUGCAAAUACACCUCUUGAGCAAAAUGCAAGGCUCACCACAACAGAGUAUGAUGAGUUGUGCACUAAAGGGAGUAAUGGAGUUGAUGACAAGUUGCUAGUAGACAAGAGUGAUUUUCAAAGGCUCAUUGGAAGGCUAAUUUGCCUCACACAUACCAGACCAGAUAUAUGCUUUGCUGUACAUCACUUAAGUCAGUUUAUGCAACAACUAAAAGAAUCUCAUUUGCAAUCAACAUUGAGGAUAGUGAGGUACAUCAAAAGGAAUCCUGGUCAAGGAAUUCUGAUGGAUUCGAGUAGCAGAUGUGAACUUAAGGCAUUUUGUGAUUCAAACUGGGCAGCAUGUCUUAAUUCAAGGAAGUCUGUUUCUGGUUUCUGCAUUAAGCUUGGAAGUUCAUUGAUUUCAUGGAAAUCCUCUGUUUCUGGUUUCUGCAUUAAGCUUGGAAGUUCGUUGAUUUCAUGGAAAUCCAAGAAGCAAAAUACUGUGGCCAGAUCGUCUGCUGAAGCAGAAUACAGAAGCAUGGCAACUAUUGCAGCAGAACUGACUUUGUUGAACGGCUUAGCCAAUGUGCUCGUCAGAUUGCAGCAAAUCCAGUGUAUCAUGAACGAUAAAGCACAUAGAAAUUGA